AUGGGGAGGCAGGAAGUGGGGAAGCAGGACGAGGUGGGGAAGCAGGACGAGGUGGGGAAGCAGGACGAGGUGGGGAAGAAGGACGAGGUGGGGAAGUCGGAAGAGGUGGGGAAGCAACCCAAUGUGGCGCCGCCCACCAAACGGGAGACAACUCUCACUCGGGGAAAGUCACGCCGACCACGUGGAAGAAUCCUGAACAAAUUUGAAGAACUCAUCAAGCUGGAGAACAUACACGAAAUGAAGGAACUAGAGAUGUGCUAUGAGCAUCUUAACAAGGAGGAGCUAAUCGAGAAAGGUAUCCUACUAAACGAUUUGACCAUCAAAACAGCCACAAAACACAGCGAUAACCAAAAUGCAUAUAUUAUUAAGCUAGUUAAAAGGAAGAAACAAAUUAAAUCAAACGAUUUAAGUGAUGAAGAAAAUUUAGAAAAUUUCAAUCACAAUAUGUUCAGUAAGGGAAGUAUUGUACAUUUCUCGAGGAAAAGAAAAAGGUAUUGCCUGAACAAGGAACAGACCGUUGUUCAUAAAAAUGCAGUAAUGAGGGAUGUUGUGAAUAUAUAUGUAUGCACUGUUCAUAAAGUGAAGAAGAACCAGAUGAACCUUAUUGUUAGACAUACGGAUGAGUUAUGCAAGGAGCUAAACGUUAAUAGCACUGACUUGCUGAGUGAUAGAAGCUACUUUGAUGUGUGUCUGGUGAAUAGCGAAAUUUCUAUGCAGCGUCAAUUACAGGCUAUUAAUUUGAUGAAGGCCAACUUGGAGACUCCUUCCGAUGUACUGAAGGUUCUCUUUUUUGGAAAGGCUCCCUCUCAGGAUGUUUUUCUGAGGCAGGUUCUGGGCAUCUUCCGGAGGCGAGCGCAGGGGGGGGAGAAGCUAGAAAAUGGGGAGUUGCCACCAUCUGGGGAGUUGCCACCAUCUGGGGAGUUGCCACCAUCUGGGGAGUUGCCACCAUCUGGGGAGUUGCCACCAUCUGGGGAGUUGCCACCAUCUGGGGAGCCACUCAAAAUGGAAAAAGCCUCCGACAUGGGUGCCCAUUCAAAUGGGGAACCCCCCGUUGGAUACCCCACCGCGGAGGACCUAUCCAACGAAUCGAACUACAUCCACAAAUGUGACAAGGCAGAGUGGGGAAACAAAAACCUAAACGAUCAUCAGAAGAAGGCGGUGUACUUCUGCCUGUAUUCGAAUGACAUUUUUUGCGUCCACGGCCCCCCCGGGACAGGAAAGACAACGGUGUUAUGCGAACUGAUCUACCAGCUGGUCAAAAGGAACAAGAAAAUUCUCGUGACUGGACCAAGUAAUGUCUCAGUGGAUAAUAUAUUAGCUAAAUGUGUAAGCAUGAAUGUAAAGAAUGUAGUUCGAAUUGGAGUAAAGUCAAAAAUAGAAAAAGGUUUGUGGAGUUAUAGCUAUGACGAAAAAAUAAAAAGUUGCGAUUCGUAUAAAUUGUGUGAAGACAUUGAUAAAGACAUAGAAAAAAUGAAAACAGAAAUUUACAAAUUGAAGAAUAAAAAAAACACGAAAAGAGUCCAUUCGAUAGAAAAGGACUCAAAUUAUGAAUUAAAUAAAUAUGUGAAAAAUACAAAUUUUUUGUUCGAUGCUGUUUGUAUUGAUGAGUGUUGUCAGUGUACGGAGCCCUUGUGCUACUUGCCUCUGUCGCUGUCGAAGAAAAAUGUUUUCCUUUUCGGGGACCACAAACAGCUAGCUCCAUUGGUGAAACACAACAAGAAUGGCAACAAAUUAAACGUCACACUUUUCGAGAGACUUAUUAAAAAAUAUAAAAGGAAAAUUUCUUUCCUCCUUAAAAUCCAGUACCGAAUGAAUGACCUCAUUUUGAAAUGGUCCAACAAGGUGUUCUAUGAGGAUCGCCUCGUUUCGCACGACUCCUGCAAGGCCAUCACGGUGGAGGAGCUGUUUCUGCCCGCUGCAGGGGAGAGGCAUACUGGCCAAGCGGCGAAGCAAACGGGUGAGCGGAAAAAGGGCGGCAAGGAUAAACAAAAAAAAAUGGGGAAGGAGAAGGGGAAGAAGAAAGAGAAGGGGAAGGAGAAAAAGAAAGAGAGAGAGAAAGAGGAGGAGGAAGAGGAAGAACGUGAAACCCCCCAGGUGGGCACAAAUCUGAGGGACAUGAUUCAGAGCUACAGCUAUUGUCCAAUCACUUGGGUUGAGACUGAUGGGUUCGAUGAAUUUCUCGAUGACACCAAGGAGCUGGACAUGAUACAGUUGGAGAUGAAGGAGAAGAAGGGGGAUAAGCUCGGCGGAAAGAAGCCCAGCAAAACGGAGGCACAAGCGGUAUCGGCGGCAUCAGCGGCACCGGCGGUAUCAGCGGCACCGGCGGUAUCAGCUCCCCUGUCAGGGGGUGACCUUCGCGAUAGCGAGGGGAGAGGACAAAAACGGCCCGAUAACGAAGGUCCCCGAGAAGAGGGGUUAAACGGCCUUGGUAUCUAUGAGGACCAUUUGGAAGAAGGGGACCAAAGUGAGGACAUCUGCGCAGGGGAUGAGGAUGCCGUUGUGGAAAGUGAGUCAUGCUCGGAACGGAGUUCCCAUGAGGAGGAGGUGGUCGCUGGGGCAACCGCUGGGGUAACCGCUGGGACAACCGCUGCACCAACCGCUGCGCCAACCGCCGGGGAAAGCGCCGCAGCAGAGCAGAAGGAGAAGGCACUGCAGGACGCCGUCCAAAUCGACAUUGACGACAUCGUGAACCUGAACAACAAAUCGAGAAGCAACAGAGGAGAGGCCUACGUCGUGUACAAGCUAAUCGAGAGGAUGCUGCAUGCAGAUCACAUUAGUGCCAAACACAUUUGCGUAAUUACUCCAUACUCGAAGCAAAUGAAUUUGCUGAAAAAUAUUCUUUAUGAUAAUUUAUACGAUGAAAAAAAUUUCACCUCAGAUUACAAAGACAUCGAAAUAGCCACUGUUGAUUCCUUCCAGGGGAGGGAAAAAGAGAUCGUCAUUUUAUCUCUUGUGUGUUCCAAUUAUUUUAAGAAUAUUGGAUUUUUGAAGGACUAUCGACGGUUAAAUGUUGCCAUUACGAGGGCCAAGCGGCACGUCGUCAUCGUGGGGAAUUCCAGCACCAUAUCGAACGAUAAGCUGUUGAACGAACUGUACGAGACAGUCCUGAACCACGGCAAGGUGUACAUGGUGAACGAGUUGCUGGACGUGGAGCAGAUGCCUGGGGGGGAGUAG